AUGAGAACCAGUUACCUGUCCACGCACCCUUCGGUUAAUCAACGCACCAGAGCCAUUUUAGUGGACUGGCUCAUACAGGUCCAGAGCUACCUCGAGCUAUCUUCGGAGACCCUGUACCAGAGCAUCUCAUUGGUGGACCGGGUUCUGGAGGUCCGCUGUGUACCGGUCCAUAGGGUACAGCUUCUGGCCAUCACUUCUCUCCUCAUUGUGUCCAAGUUGGAGGAGAAGAGACCGACUGAGACUUCAGACUUGCUCCAGCUGACUCUGAACUCUUACACGCGGGCAGAGCUCCUCUCCCUCGAGCGGCAGGUGCUGAGUGUGCUGAAGUUCGAGCUGAGUUGCGCUGAUCAGGGUUCCUUCCUUAAUUACUUCUUGUAUCUCACUUGCAAUGAUCAGGAUAACAUGGUGAUCGACUGCUCGGGCUUCCUGCUGGGGAUCGUCCUGGUGGAGGCGUGGCCCCUGGAGACACGCCCCUCGCUCCUGGCCGCCGCCGCUCUCCAUGGGGCCCUCGUGCUCGUCCGCAGCUCCCUGUCCGCGACGGCCGUGUGCACGCUCAUGCCCGCCUUCUUCAGUCUGGACGAAGAGGCCAUCGUGGGAACAAGUCUGCGCAUGUUGGAGGCUCUGGAGAACCGUCGACAUUCCCCGUUCCAGGGCGCUGAGAACAAGUAUUCAAGCCGGUCGCGCCACAACGCCCUGGCGAAACACCCUCGCCUCAGCCCUGAGAACAUUCGCCUCGUGGUAGAGCAAGUCCGAAUGCGCGUCGUCGAGCUUCGGGGCGAGAACACCGUCAUCAGGGACAGGCUCAGCGACGGCGGCGAGAAGAAAAGGGAGGCGUCGGAGCCAGUUUGCAGCGCUCGGGACAAGUUCUCGCUCGCCGACGCGUUCGUGGAUGGCAUGCGCGUUGGGGGAAUCCACGAACGGGGGGUGGAAAUGGAUCUCGCUUCGGAACGGAGAGAGAAGAACGGCGAAGAAAAGCAAGGGGAGAGAGAGAUGGAUGUCGAUAUAUAAGAAAGAAAAGAGUAAAAAAAAGGUUUAAAUACAAACAAAGAAACAGCGAUGCACCACUUUGCCUGAUGGGAGAGGACGGAGCAUAUUAGCACGGCGUCAGCCCGGUCACAUGAUUAUCUGACCGGCUGUGCAUGCGAGGGAGUGUCAUGCAUGCGUGUGAACUAUUUUAAACUCUAUCAUUUGACAAAAUCUGCGACAUGAAACGUAUUCUUAAAGAAUUAGCGGUCGGGAAUGUAAUUUGAAAGUCUUCAUUUCAACUACGUAUUAUCCAAUAUCGCAAAAUAUAUUAUUGACACAUAGUGACUGAGCUAAAUCACAUUAGUCAUUUUAUACAAGAAAAGGUGAUGACAAAUUGUGAUAAUCCCAGUGUAAUUUUCUUGAAGUUUUUUGGAAGUCAAAUAUCGGAAAUGAACAUACAAUAUGCAUUAUAUUAUUAUAUUAUUAUUAUUAUUAUUGGUUUGUUAUUUUUGCAAGUGAUAUUGCCUUCAUCGCAUUAUAUUAUGAGUACCGUACCAUACAUAUCAUCGUUCUAAACACAUUAUCAUCAUCAUCUUUAGCAUUAUCUUCGUCACCAUCAUCAUCAUCAUCAUCAUCAUAUCCAGAGCACUGUUAGCAUCAUUGGCAGCAUUAUUUGCCUCCUUUACAAUGGAUGUCCGAGUGUUGCCGACACUUAGUAACCAACGUUGCUUGCUUGCUCCUGAAGGUCCCUGUUGCUCUUUUAAAGGUCAAAAACCUUGCACGGAGCAGUUGCCAAUCUCCAAGAAUACUUUUAUAAUGUUGCAGGCGUGCAUUUGCAAGCACAGAUGAAGGGUGGGAGGCAGGUUGGGGAAAUUGGGUGCUUUUACUUGCAGAGCCCACAUUGCGAAGGUAACCGCCAUUGCGCGUGUUGAGAAAUUGCUAUAUUUGAUGACACAUUUUUUCCUAUAUUUUUUUUUCUUGUAUUUGGGGAUUUUUCCACCACCAUGACCCUUUUUUUUUACAUUUUAUGCCGUUUUAGAACUACAAUAAAGCUUUUGUCAUGUGUGUUCUUUUUAUAUGAAGCAAUCUGCGCUGUGUGAUAUUAGUAAUAAAAUGCGUGAAAAUUGUAGACUCGUUUGCACUGGGCGACGGAAUGGUGGGUUGCCGCGCUCACUUUUGAAUUUUUUUUUUUUCACUGAUUUUCGUUCGUUUAUGCUUUUUAGUUCGUGGGGCAUUCCGUUUGUGUAAUUAUUUUCUUCUUCUUUUGUGUGUUAAUGAAGAUAGUUUAGGUGUGUAGGUGUAUAAGAAUGUUAGGAAGGGUUUAUCUUAGUGAAAUAUUCGAAUUGAUAUAUUGCGUUCAUUUAGACAACGGGAUGCGUUUGUUGUGGUGGAAAGCGAGUGUUUUUUGCUAUACUUUUCGCCUACUUUCGCUCUUCGGGAUACUAUUUGAGUGAAAAAGUGUAAAAUAUAUCACAAGUAAACCAAAAAUGAAGUUGAUUUUGGUUUUGUCACGUUUGGUUAAAACAAAAAUGAACGCAUUGUAUUACAUUUUUAAGAUAUUUCUUGUUUACUUUCAUUCUCCCGCUCUCUUCACCUUUUCUGUCCUUUGUCUUACUUUUUUCUUAUUUCCCUUCUUUCUCUCUCGUGUCGUUAUUAUUUUUCCGCCAUCU